AUGAGGCUAGUACCACCUGGCUCAUCUGGAAAAAUGCCCCAUUUCGAGAAAGACUUGCUUAGGCAGCCACUUUUAUCUAUGCAUAUGCACGUAUUUUCAGCCGAUCCUAGGGUGACUGCAUUUAUCUCUCAUGGGGGCCUCGGAAGUACCACAGAGAUUGCUCAUAUGGGUAAACCGGCGAUUAUGGUACCACUGUUCGCUGAUCAAACUCGUAAUGCAAACAUGUUGGCAAGACAUGGCGGAGCUCUGGUGCUAGACAAGUACGAUUUAGCUAAUCACCCUAAAGUGAAAGAAAUCAUCCAAAGGAUCAUCUCAGACGAAAGCUACGCUACAAACGCUAAAUUGUUGGCAGAUGUUCUUGUUAAUCAACCAAUCAGUGCGAAAAAUUUGAUGCUUCUACAUGCGGAAUUUGCAGCCAGGUUAGUAUCGAGUUGACC